CUGAUGAAGACCAGAAUCAAUCCCCUUCUUACUCGCCAAUAACACAUCAAAAUGUCGGAAAACAAAGAGGUCAUGGCUCAAGAGAAUGAGCAUCAAGCUCGGGAUUAUGGUGAUGAGGAAUUGGCACCGCAUAUUCACACUAAAACAUAUCUGGUCUUACUAUCCAUGUUUCUUCUCAGCUUUGUUGGAGUCCUGCAGUUGACUGCGUCUGGUGCAUAUUCGUCAGUUGUUGCGUCCGUCGUCGGUGGUGCAGACAAGGCUAGCUGGAUGGUGGCUGGUAUCCUUCUUCCCAUGGUCGUGUUAGCUGUGCCAGUCAGCCAGGCCGCCGACUAUUGGGGCAGAAAAUGGUUCCUCAUCGUUCUCAACGCCAUGGGAGCCAUUGGUGCUCUCAUUACGUCCCGAGCGAAUUCUAUGAACAUGGUGAUUGCUGGUCAGGUAAUCAUUGGCCCGGCCUUUGCAACUACAGCUCUUUGCUUCGCCGUCGUAUCUGAAGUGCUGCCUCAUCGCCACAGAAUGAGCGCACAGGCAACCCUCAGCCUUGGCAACGGUCUCGGUGGUGUUGCGGGUCUCACUGGAGGUGCUUCACUCAUCCAGACACAUGGUCCAGAAGGUUUCAGAAUCCUAUGGUACAUUGCAGCAGGGCUCUUCGCGCUGGCGUCCGUGAUUUGCUUCUUCUGUUAUAACCCGCCUCUGCGAGAGCUGCAAUCAACUUUGACACUCAAGGAGAAAUUACACUCGUUGGAUUGGAUCGGCGGCGCACUCCUGGGCACUGGUCUCACUUUACUCUGUAUUGCGUUCUCUUGGGCCAACAAUCCCUAUCCUUACGAUACUGCACACGUUCUAGCCCCGCUGUGCAUUUCGAUCGUCCUCCUAGCAGUAUUCAGCGUAUACGAGUGGAAAUUCAAGACUGAUGGCAUGAUGAACCACCAUCUCUUCGCCCAGGAUCGUAAUCUCGCUGUGGCCCUUAUUGGUAUCUUUCUGGAGGGACUCGCUUUUGUUGCCGCCAACAACUUCCUGGCCUUUCAAGUCAGCGUACUCUAUGUGACUAGACCUAUUCUUAUUGGAGUCAACUUUUCAGUCUCCUUCAUCGCAUACAUAUUUGCCUGUAUUGCAGCAGCCAUGAUCUGCUACAGAUUCAAACAGCUGAAAUUUGUCGCUGCCGCCGGAUUUAUGUUCUUCACUAUAUUCUACAUCUGUAUGGCAACGACGACGUUGAACAGCAAUCGAUCAGUUUGGGGUUUCCCCGUCUUCUUUGGCGCAGGGCUUGCAUGCAGUCUGAACGCUCUUAUUGCGGCAGCUCAAUUCAGUGCCCCUCCAGAUCUCAUUUCUACCACGAGUGGAUUAAUGGCCGCCUCGCGCGGAGUAGGAGCAACAAUCGGCACGGCAAUCUGUAUCAGUAUUUUCUCGUCAAGGCUAUCGACGUUGCUGCCUGAGAGAAUCGCCAACGCAGUGAUCCCUCUCGGCCUCCCCACCAGCUCUCUCCCUGAUCUGAUUCAUGCCCUGGUCGCGCACGAUAUGGAAUCACUGGCAGAUGUCCCGGGCGCAACACCUGAAACCAUUCAAGCCGCUGUGACAGGAAUGAACAGUGCCUACCUAGGAUCAUUUCGAAAUGUUUGGAUCACCGCAGCAGCUCUUUCGGGUGCAGGAGCCCUCACUGCUUUAUGCAUCAAGGAUAUCAAGGAGAACUUCAAUCAACAAAUCGACGCCCCGGCAGAGAGUGAAGAAGCCCUUUACGGCGAGAAAGUUCGACAGACCGUCUAGUUUGACCUGAUUCUCGAGGUGACCUCACAUACUUUUAGCGCGGAAAGAUGGUGCCCUGGCACUUCUCGCGUUAAAAUUCUUCUCCAGGGUUUCAAGCUUUGCGGCAGGGUUGAGGAUACAAUGGCCAUUGUUAACAUCCGGGAAACUAGAAAGACAACCUAAGGGCAUGAAUCCAACAGCUAGUACUAUGAAUACCAAGAGGUCUUGUCCA